AUGGGUCCUUCACUGCUAUCCAAAACCCUACAGGGAAUCACCGUGACGUCCCUCGCCUCGGUGGGCGCGUUCUUCGUCUGGACGAAGCACUGCCAAUUCACCCCGGAUAGCCAAUUCACACCGGCAACAGAACCUCUUUUCCAGAGUACGUGGUACAAGAAAUUCAAUCCCAACAGGAAUCCUACGACGCACGAUGAGUGCGUAAGACGCCUGCCGCUGCAUAAGAUCCGACCGGAACUUCUUGAGGAUGCGCGGAACGGUGGGACGAAGCUGGUCGAGGCGUUCAGCCAGGGCGUCUGGGGAGGGCUUGGCUUCAAGAUCCAACGUCUAUAUAUGGAAAAGAAAUACCGGAAUGACACCACAACGGCACACCAGCUCUGGACACCACAACAGCUGAAGACUUCUACAUACGAUGUCGGCACCGAGGUUACAGACCAUUUUGUCGUCCUGGACAAAACCCCCACGUCCAUUCUGUUUCGAUGUGGUGAUUCACCCUUGCAUAACCCAGACACUCCUCGGCCUAGUGACGGGCUGUUCGGUUUGACUGCGAAGGCCGAUUUUGAUAAAGGAUUCGCCGAGUUCAGACUGAAAAGCAUCUUCUUUCAGGGUGAGGGUGAGGCGCAGGAGAAGACACAAGGCCCGAUGCCUAGUACCCUUGUAUGGCUGCACCAGCUGUACACAAAAUUCUUCAUGGAGAGUGCUAUGCGCUACGUGAAGCAAUGA